AUGUGCAACUCCUGUUGUGGAUCCUGCUGCUCCGGCCAGGGCUGUGGCUGCUGCCAGCGCAGGUACUGCCAGACCACCUGCUGCAGAACCACCUGCUGCCGCCCCAGCUGCUGCUGUAGCCCCUGCUGUGAUGGCUCCAGUGGCUGCGGUGGCUCCAGUGGCUGUGGUGGGUGCAGUGGCUGUGGCUCCUGCUGCUGCCGCCCCAUCUGCUGUAGGACCACCUGCUGCAGGACCACCUGCUGCCGCCCCAGCUGCUGUGGCUCCUGCUGUGGUGGGUGCAGUGGCAGUGGUGGAUCCAGUGGCUGUGGUGGGUGCAGUGGCUGUGGCUCCUGCUGCUGUCGCCCCUGCUGCUGUGUCUCCUCUUGCUGCCGCCCUUGCUGCUGUCGCCCCACCUGCUGCCAGACCACCUGCUGCAGGAACACCUGCUGCCGGCCCAGCUGCUGUGGAUCCUGCUGA